GAGGUUCCGGGGUUUGAGUUGCCUAGGGUCGCUUUUCUGCGCUUGCUGCUGCCGCCGGUGCCGCCGCCAUGGGCAAGCGACAGCACCAGAAGGACAAGAUGUACAUUACCUGUGCUGAAUACACUCACUUCUAUGGUGGCAAAAAGGCAGAUAUCCCACAGACAAAUUUUCGUCGUUUACCUUUUGACCACUGCAGUCUCUCUCUGCAGCCCUUCGUCUACCCGGUCUGCACCCCUGAAGGUGUCGUCUUUGACUUGCUGAACAUCGUGCCAUGGCUUAAGAAGUACGGGACCAACCCCAGCAAUGGAGAGAAACUAGACGGGAGGUCCCUGAUCAAGCUGAACUUUGCCAAGAACAGUGAAGAGAAAUACCACUGCCCGGUGCUGUUCACUGUGUUCACCGACAACACACACAUCGUGGCCAUUAGGACAACUGGUAACGUCUAUGCCUACGAGGCUGUGGAGCAGCUAAACAUCAAGGCCAAGAACUUCCGAGACCUGCUGACUGACGAGCCCUUCUCCCGGCAGGACAUUAUCACCCUCCAGGACCCCACCAAUUUGGACAAGUUCAAUGUCUCCAACUUCUUUCAUGUUAAAAAUAACAUGAGAGUAACAGACCCAGAUGAAGAAAAGGCCAAACAGGACCCGUCUUAUUAUUUGAAAAACACAAACGCUGAGACUCGCGAGACCCUGCAGGAGCUCUACAAAGAGUUCAAAGGAGAUGAGAUUCUGGCGGCCACCAUGAAAGUGCCAGAGAAGAAGAAAGUGGACAAACUGAAUGCCGCGCACUAUUCCACGGGGAAGGUCAGUGCCUCCUUCACUUCCACAGCCAUGGUUCCAGAGACCACGCACGAAGCAGCUGCCAUCGAUGAGGACGUGCUGCGCUACCAGUUUGUUAAGAAGAAGGGCUAUGUGCGGCUGCACACCAGCAGGGGCGACCUCAACCUGGAGCUGCACUGCGACCUGACACCAAAAACCUGUGAAAACUUCAUCAAGCUUUGCAAGAAGCAUUACUACGAUGGCACCAUCUUUCACAGAUCCAUCAGGAACUUUGUGAUCCAAGGGGGCGACCCCACAGGCACAGGCACGGGUGGGGAGUCAUACUGGGGAAAGCCCUUCAGAGACGAGUUCCGGCCCAACCUCUCGCACACGGGCCGGGGCAUACUCAGCAUGGCCAACUCGGGGCCCAACAGCAACAAGUCUCAGUUGGUUGUUGGGGGCUUUGACACGCUGACAUCCAUGGAGAAUGUGGAAAGUGACCCCAAAACUGAUCGCCCUAAGGAGGAGAUCCGCAUCGACGCCACCACGGUGUUUGUGGACCCUUAUGAGGAGGCCGAUGCUCAGAUUGCCGAGCAGCGGAAGAAGACGCAGCUCGAGGUGGCCCUGGAGGACAAAGUGAAGACCAGUCAGCCCCAGCCGGGGAGCCAGGGCCCCCAGACGUACCGCCAGGGGGUGGGCAAGUACAUCAACCCGGCCACCACGUGAUAAAAGAGGAAGAACCAUCAACCAGUACAGCCGCCCCUGUGGCCAAAAAGCCCAGCCGAGGUUUUGGGGACUUCAGCUCCUGGUAGCAACAGGCCAGAUGCUCUAGAUCCUGCCCCCGACCAGGCAGUGAGCUUGGAGAAGCAGGACUGCAGCAGCCCCCAGACCCUGGAGGAGCGCCGAGACCCAACAGCCCUUUGGUCCCAGUGGGUGCUGCAGUAAACCAGGGCUCAGCCUGUUGACAACGAGCACAAUUUAAAAGGAGAUGUUUGACAUUGGAGGCUUUAUUUGUAAACCUCACACAGACAUAGGACCAAGGGCUGGCAGCACGGCCAGAGGAGGCUGAAGGUGGCGUGUGCUCGAGCUUGGUGGUCCUGUUCCUUAAGGCAAAGCUUCUGGCUGUCCCCAGGUCGCUGUCUGGCAGUCCAGCCUUACCCAGUAGCCUGCACCUGCCCUGAGGGAUGGGCCACACAGCCUCACCCACUUGCCUCCGCCCCCACCCCCACCGGGCAGAGGACAGGCCCGCCGGGGGCUGUUUACAAGUGAGGGUUCACAUUUCUGUAGUUCGUUUUAGAGCUUAAAUUUUAGUUUUCUAGAUGUUAAAACCACUUGGAUUUUGUAAUUACCUGAUGAAGUCAUCAGAUAAAUUAAAGGACUUAUGGAAAAAU